CUGUCGAAGUAUUCACGUGAUUCGCGUUUACACUAGCAAAUUGAUUGCUGACAAGUGGGCUCAGCCCAUCCAACACAAAUCACAGAGAAAUUGUUUAUUCGGAAAAAUGGGAGCGUCGUUAUUGCCAGUGUUAUUUUUUACGUUAGUUUGGAUAAUAGUGGGUGUAGUUUUACCUAUUUUCGUUCCGAGAGGCACCAAUCGUGGGAUUCUCCAGGUUAUGCUUAUGCUCACAGCGUUUACAUGCUGGUUAUUCUGGCUAUGUUGCUAUUUAGCACAGAUGAAUCCCUUGAUCGGACCGAAACUCUCAAAAAACACGAUCCUCAUGAUGGCACGCGAAUGGAGUCAUCUCCAAUACGACUAAACCCUAGUAAAGCGAUUGUAUGGGGGCUGAAAUGUUUAUUUUAAAUCUAUGGAAUUGUCUCCAAAGAGUUCUUCGAAUCAGUCAAAUUACGUUAUUACUGUGAAUACUUGCAGGUGAAAUAUUUAGAUUAGAAAUUAUGGAGGGGUACAUCAGACGUUAUUUCAAAGUGUACAUUCAAUAGCAUUCCUAUAAAUAUGUUUCAUAAUAA